AUGUCAGAUACUGGCUACCAGCGGCGACAACCCCCAAGUCCCCUCGUUUUUUCACCUGAUGCCGUCCUAUCUCCUAUGCCCAUUCAACCACAGACCAGCAAUUCAAGCACCCAUGGAUCAGGUUCCAACACCGUGUCCAUGCCUUUCGUUAGACGGCAUGUAACCCGUCGUCUCAAGGCUGCCAAGGCAGAGUGUGAUAAAGAGCUUCAACGUAUCACCAACAACAUCACUUCUUUCUUCGAGGAGCGGCUGAGAGAGGGCGAUCAUGAGACCGAACGGGAGCACCGGGAUAGAGGAAGGGGCAGAGAUCACGAUUCUCAACUUGGCGACACUGAGCAUCUUCGUGAACCAUUCAUCUUUCACCCCGCAGAGCUUGGGCUGGCUCUGCAGGCUGAUGAUUACAACUCAGAUGGUGGUUACGAGGCAGAGGUCGAGUACAAUCGCCAUAGUCGUCAACCAUCUUCGCAGAUGAGUCCUUCAUCCUUUCGGCGGCAAAGUACAGCCCCAUGGGAUCGACCUCUCAGUUCUUCCGUGUCCUCUAGCGCUGUCACAUCCAGUCCUGCGUCAUCUACAAUCAUGUUGCCAGAGGCACCCAUAACUCGGAAACAACCCAUUCCGGCGCCUGCGCCCACCUCCUGGGGUACUGGAGGCGCAUCAUCUCGUCGUCUUUCGCGCACCAUCCAUAUUCCCACUCGGCCCACUCCAUCUGGGCAAAGUUCACGGUCUACGUCUCGGUCAAGGUCCCCAUUACCUCCUCUUUCAUCUCAUGCAAGUUUCUCUGAAUAUGGCUCUUCUCCAAUCUCCACGAUUAAUCGUCGUUCUUCUCGAAUCCUUGUUGAUGACCCCGUGGAUCCGAUCAUGUCCGCACUAUAUGAUAUCAUCAGUGUUGCUACAGACGUUGCCGAUAUGUCCAUUGCACAGCUCACCGCCCAACCCAAAAUCUGCGAAUCCAUAGUUCAGCGGGUUCAAAACAUAGGCAAAGCAUGGGAUGAUCAUCCCGAUUGGCAUGGUAGGAACUGGUACGUUCAGGUCCUACUUGCUGUUGCAAGCCUCAGUCGUGUAGUCGAGUGGUGGGAGGCCGAGAAGCAAUUCUGGAACUUUGAUGACAAUGAUGAUGAACAAGAUGAACCGCUUAUGUUUGUCACGAAGCCAGCCGACGAUACCAUCCCUCUCGUCUCAAGCAGGCAUCCAGAUGCAGAGCUGGAGGGCUUUAGACUCAAUGAAGACGACGACAGCAAAUUUCAUGUGGCGAAGCACCCCCUGACCCGUAAACCUAAGGAAGAGCUGCCUAAGGAACUGGUCCCGCCCGCUGUCUCUGCAUUGCGAGACUCGGCAUCUACGCCGUCCAGGGCUUCUCCCAGCAAAGCCAUUGAGAACGCAGAAUCUGCGCGUGUCCUUGCCACUGAACGAUUACGUCUGCAAGCAGAGACAGCUCAGAAUCAGAACAUCGUCAUGGAGCUUAGCCUUGACGGUGAUCACUUUAUAUGGGUGAAUCAUGCAUGGAGGGUGGUCGUCGGGACGGACCCCGACAUUCUAUCCGGUACUCGAAUUUCAGCCCUGCUCUCCCCUUCAGACUGGGGUGUCUUCAAAGAAGCUACUCAACGCUUACAAGAAGAUGACUCUCACACUGUCGAAGUCAGGUUCAAGCUUCAAAUUGAACCAAACGUGGAGCAUGAUCCUGCUGCAGGAACUCUCUACCAACAAAUGGAGGGAAAAGGAAUGCUUAUGAUUGAUCGUGAAGAUGGGCAACCAUCACAUACCAUGUGGGUUGUUAAACCUAUUGCACCAGCUCGGUUUGAGCACGAUGCACCUUCCAUCACUCUGGAAGUCGAUGACCUCGCACCUGAACCUGCCUCCACCAUCCGCUCUACCUUCGUGGAAAGAAGCGACGCGGAACCCGCGACACCCUUUCCUUUCAGUCAGCCCAUCAGCACCGACCCAAUCUUGUGUCGUAUCUGCGAAUGUCAAAUUCCACAGUGGUAUUUCGAGAAACAUAGCGAAACAUGCGCCGAAACGCACCGCCUGGAGGCUGAAAUCAUCGAAUGCAACGAAUCUAUAGCUGAGCUUCGAAGUACUAUCCGUGACCUCUGUGUGGCUGUAGACCGAUCUUCCCCUUCAUCGGUUGCUGAAUACCGAGGCAUGCCGAUUUUUACGCCGUCAAGUUCACCCAUUAUAUCCUCGCCCCUUCAAUUAUUUCGUGCGAACAGAAUGCAGCGCUACGGUGUGAAGAAAAUGCAGAAGCGUCUCCUAGAUCAACUGGAAGAGAUUCUACAAGUCGCUUCUGAGGUCUCCAUGCCGUCCCUUAAGGAUGAGGAAUCCAAAGAACCUAUUGAGCGCCAGCGCCUGCUGUCUCCCGGUUCUGAGCGCAAAAUCUCACAAAUUCGGCAAUGGUCAAAGCCUACCACUGAGGACGCAGCCCUGGGGCAACUCCUGCAAGAUGCCGAGCGUGUCAUGCGGCAAAAAAUCGACAAUGUCGUACGCAUGCAGAAUACCAUCCGUUAUGCGGAAAAAAUCUGGCACGAAUGGGAAGACCGAGUGGAAAACUUCUUGGCGACGAUCGAGGACUCCGACAGCGGAGGUAGUGAUGGGGAUGAGGAAAUCGAGGAAUCUGCUCUCGACGAUUACUCCAGCACAAGGUCGGAAUAUGCAUACAGUGGAGCGCCCUCUUCAGAGCCCACGCCAAUGGCAUCCUCGUCUCCCAUUCCUUUUAUUUCUCCCGAUAUCCGGCCCAUGUCGAUACCCAUACCCCUGGUAGCUUCGGCAGCUUCCUUUAUCCCCCGUCAACCUCUGCAGGCCACGAGAUCGUCUACCCCGUCCUCUGUCUCUUCUCCUCUCGCGCUUGCGGCACCUAUUGUAGCAUCCUCUUCCCCUGAAGAAUCUAUGCCACCCAUGUCUCUUGAUGACCCGUUGACCAUAAAGACUCGUAAGUCUAACCAGAGUUUGUUGGAACCCAAGUUCAUCGUCACUCCACCUACAUCACCACUUGUCACAGCCCACAACGUUUCUGGCUUGACUCGCGAAGCAUCCGUAAAACGUUCAAGUCGUCGUCAUUCCACCGCGAAUCUGCUUACCAGUCCCCCUCCCGGUCCGCUCUCCCCUAGGCAAGCGUCAGCAGUUCCACUAUCCCGCACAACACCAACCUCGAUCAAAGAUUUCGACAUCAUCAAGCCCAUUAGUAAGGGUGCAUUCGGGUCUGUGUUUCUUGCCAAGAAGAAGAUCACUGGCGAUUACUAUGCAAUCAAAGUUUUGAAAAAAGCUGACAUGAUAGCAAAGAAUCAGAUAACAAAUGUCAAGGCCGAACGAAUGAUCCUAAUGAAACAGGCUGAAUCCCCGUUCGUUGCAAAACUUUACUUCACAUUCCAGAGCAAGGAUAAUCUUUACCUGGUCAUGGAAUACCUCAAUGGUGGAGAUUGUGCCGCGCUCAUCAAAUCUUUAGGAUGCCUACCUGAGGAAUGGACGAAAAACUAUAUCGCGGAAGUAGUUCUCGGCCUAGAGUACCUCCAUCAGCGAGGGGUUGUUCAUCGUGAUCUCAAACCUGACAAUUUACUAAUUGAUCAGCAUGGUCACUUAAAGCUUACAGACUUUGGUCUUAGUAGGAUUGGUCUCCUUGGCCGCCAAACUCGCGAAAGCACCUUGGGCCGCCCUCUGACAAGAUACAACUCGAGAUCAAGACCGCCUUCCAUGGAUUCCGCAUACUUAGCAUCGCCACUGAUUCACCCCGAUUCCUUGGGUGGAGGUUCGUAUUUCACAAUGAGGAAUGCAGCCCCUCGUGUUGCUGGAAACAGCCCUUAUUUGCCUCCCACAGAUGAUGUGAGUGAGUCGAGCGGUUCAGAGUCUCUUUCGGGGCUCCACGUGCGACGAUCUGGCAAGCUAUCGGAAAGUCCCCUACAAUCCUUCGCAACAGAGCUUACGAACGAUCUUCGUUCUCACUCCAACUCCGGUAGCGGCAACACACCGCCUGGGGAACAGAAAUUUGUCGGUACUCCCGACUACUUGGCUCCAGAAACCAUUCUCGGUCUUCGUGGAGACGAUGCUGCUGUUGACUGGUGGGCUCUCGGUGUCAUCACUUAUGAGUUCUUAUACGGGAUUCCUCCCUUCCAUGCCGAUUCCCCUGAGAAGGUCUUCGAGAAUAUUCUCUCUGGACACAUUGAGUGGCAUGAGGACUGGAUCGAUUUUUCGCAAGAGACGAGGGAUUUUAUGCAAGGUCUGAUGACUCUCGACCCGAAUGAGCGCCUGGGAUCUGGCGGAGCUGAUGAAGUCAAGGAGCAUCCGUUCUUCGCCGGCAUCGAUUGGGAUAAGGUCACGACUACGGAAGCUGCAUUCAUACCCCAAGUGUCUGACCCAGAGUCCACUGACUACUUCGACCCCCGUGGGGCAAUCCCCCAACUGUUCCAUGAUGACGAUCACGUCGCCUUGCCAAGUAAUUCCCGUAAUGACAGCCCCACAGGAACUUCCAACAUGCCACCACCUGCAUUGCCACUACCGAUUGCUGGUCAGCGAGAAGGCGGCUCUCCUGCAAGCGAUGAUUUUGGGUCUUUUAGUUAUAAAAAUUUUCCUAUUUUGAAACAGGCCAACGACGAUGUCAUUCGCAAACUCAAGACUGAUCAAAUGGUCCCUAUAGCACACACGCUCACCGAGCCUGCAAGUUAUCACCAAAGAAAGCGGAGCGUUUCCCAACGUAUUAAAAAGCCUCCCAGCGUAGUAACUAAUAUGGAUCCAAAAAUCAUGUCCACCAACCCUCCGUCACCUGCAACAUCAACUUCGUCCAUUGCCUCCUCACCCUCACGUACGAGCAUACCUCCUUCCACACCUGGUAUUUCAGGAUCACAUUCGCGCAAGCCAUCAGAGUACGGCGCUGUUGAACGUUUUAAGCUCAGUCAGCUCGAAGGCGUCGAUCGGAGAAAUUCGAUGCCCAGCCGGUUACGGACUGCGUCCGUUUCCAGCACUGGAGAUGGUUCUGGUUCUGAGAAUUGGAACUCUUCCGCUGGCCACGGCAGUCAGCCUGACUCCAAUACUCCCCCUUCCUCUGUUCAUUCUAUUGAUCUGAGGAAAGGGCCUGAUCCUGGUGACAGGGCCGUAACUUGUCUACUCGCUGAAGAUAACCCCAUUACAGCCAAGAUUAUUGAGACUCUUCUCAUUCGACUCGGUUGUCGAUGUGUCGUGGUUGCUGAUGGAUCUGAGGCGAUUAGUGUUGCUAUGGGUGAUAUCAAAUUUGAUUGCAUCUUAAUGGACCUCCACAUGCCAGUUUUGGACGGCGAAGGUGCAGCACGCUAUAUCAAAAGCACCAACAGCAAGAAUACCAACACUCCCAUAAUUGCUGUGAGUGCCUAUAGCGGCACCGACCCCAACGAAACUAGCAACGUUUUCUCUGCCUCUCUCUCAAAACCUUUGCAAAAGGCAGAUCUUCUAGCCGUGAUGCGUCAACUUGGAUUCAAAACUUCUGCGAUGCGAGGUGGAGCUGUCAAUCACAAAGUCACCGCUUCUCAUCAAGUAUCAUGA